AUGUCUGAUAUUUACGAAAGGAUCAAUAAACUUAGUCUCAAACAAGAAGAAAUUAUUAAACUCAAAAGUUAUCUAGUUGGAAGUCAAGAAAUAAGAGAACAAUUACACUUGGCCCUUGCAAGUUGCAAAUCGGAAGAAGAAGAAAAGGGUGUUCUACAGAAUUUGUUUCAUAAUAUUUGUGAUUCCACUACGAAUCCUGUUAAACACACGCGCGAAAUUGAUGAUGAAUUGUAUUUUUCGGUAACAAGUAUGCUUAGUAAGAAACCAGAUUUAUUUAUAUACCGCGAGGAUUUGUUGGAUUAUAUUAAGCGACCUUUCAUCAGUGCGAUCGAUAUUUUCCAAAUGAGAUAUGAUCGCUAUUUUAAAUCAGAACUCCCUCAAGAGAUUUUUGAACAACUUCUUCGUGAGCUCAUUACUACAGAAGAUUCGUAUCAUGCGUUCUGGGACGCGCUCAUUAUUAAACCAAUUCUUAUUGGAUGCCCGAAGGUAGUCUACAACCGAAACACCUCUAAAAAUACAUCGACAGGGUUAUGUCUACCUGACACCUCGUGUUUAAUAUCAGGUGCCUGUCUCGUAAGAGGGGAGGAGAUAGGCCCAGAAAAUUCCGAAGAUCCAGCAAAGGAGCUAACCUCAAAAAUGAAAUGGUCAUAUGGUGAUUGCCCUUAUAUCUUCGGAUACUACGCAAUAUCCACUCAAGUAACAUAUUGCUAUUUGUAUUCUGGAAUAAAUCAAACUGAGCGGAAAGAUUUGAUUACUUGCUCGCUGGAUAAGAUGGAAGGGCGUAUACAAGCUUUUAACAUAGGCAGGAACAUUGGCCGACUAUUACCUUUACUCAGGCAAAAUAUACCAGAAUCAUAUCAAGAAGAAUUCGAUGUACUCUACCGAUCUAGAUCGAGUAAAGUGAUUCAAUUAAAACAUGAUAAUGUCGUAAAAUAUUACUCCACUCCGGAUCUUGUUUUAAAUAUUGUGGAACUUUAUCAUGAAAUGGCGGAACACGCAGUUCCAUAUAUUGAUUCCGUUUUGCAACACAACGUGACCGAAGGAACCAUUCCGUAUAUUAUUUUUACACCAAGGGGCGUACUAUAUAAACCACGAACGAUUAAUGAAUUAAUUAAAGCUAUAUACUGUGUUUUGACCGCAAUUAAGGUAUCUAUCAUCAUCAUUUAUCAUUUUAUCCCAGAGAUUUUGUUAACGAAAAUUAUACAUUCACAGUCUCUUCACAAAAUGAAUAUCAUGCACCGUGACCUCCGCUGGGAAAACGUGAUGAAAUAUAUCGAUAGCGAGAAGUGGUUUAUAAUUGAUUUUGAUGACGCGUGUAAAUUUCCUUCAAGUGUUCCAAAUACGCAAUUGGCUAAAGAGAGUCAUGCACCCGAGGUUUCUCAAAGUUAUCAUGAUGACAGUGUCGAUGUUUGGUCUGUAGGGUACUUGAUUCAGACAGCUUCGGUAAAACUUGGAGAAUCUGACAAAUUAAAAGAUUACGCAGUAACUCAAUUAAUGGCGAAUGACGAAUAUGAUAGACCAACAUCUAGAGAAGCACUAAAAUGGCUCUGGAAAAAUUAUAAAGACAUUCUUAGUGAAGAUUUUUUAGAACCGACUAAAAGUCUUUUGAUGAUUUGA